UCCAGAAAUCCUGGUUUUGAUGCAAUUUCUAACUUUCACACCAAGCCAGGUGCCGCCGUGGGUGAUGCUCCACCGGUCGGUCCUUUUCCCAGGACUGCGAGAAGUUCUUCAGGGCUUCGGGUGGAAGGACCCGCAGUGGUGGGCGGGCAGAUGGCGGUGACGUUCGAGGAGGUGGCCAUCUACUUCUCCCCCGAGGAGUGGGCCGAGCUGGGGGGCUGGCAGCGGCGGCUCUACCGGGAGGUGAUGCUGGAGAACUACCAGGCGGUGGCCGAGCUGGGCUGGUGCCCCGUCAAGCCGGAGAUCAUCUGCCAGAUGGAGCGAGAAGAGACGCCGUGUGUGCCAGACCCCCCUGGGGCACGGCGCAGCCGCGGGACCCCUGAGCCAGGUUGUGGGUGGAAGGGCCCACAGCGGUUGGAGGGGCCGAAGCUGGGGCUGGGGGAGCCGCCGGUGGUGCCGGUGUCAGGCUUUGGUGGCCGGUGCUGA